AUGGAGACACAAACGCCUUCCUCGCCCACUCCAGCACCACCUCCGCCUCCGCCUGCCACGGCAGCUGCGAUAACACCACGACCGACGUCCAUGGCCGCGAUGCAUCGCUCGAAGCGGAGUUCGAGCCGCAUCACUGAUGCGACCUCGCGGUACAGCGACGACGAGGCCAAGACUGCCGUCAAAGUUGCCGUCCGAGUGCGUCCGCCAUUGUCGCCGAGCGACCCAGGAUACAACCUCAUACCACAGCGAUUUCGAGAGUCCACUUGCGAAGUCCCGACACCCAACAACCUCUCGGUGCAGUCCCCACAAGGCAAGAAGCUGUUCGUUUUUGACCGCGUUUUCGACGAGAAUACUUCGCAGGAUGGCAUAUGGGAUUACCUCAGCGAAAGCGUGUCCUCGUUCGUGCGAGGCUACAAUGUCUCCAUCAUGGCAUACGGCCAGUCAGGCGCUGGCAAAUCGUACACCAUGGGCACGUCAGGGCCCGAGGAUCAAGGCGACACGGAUGUUAAGGGUGUCGUGCCACGAGCAGCUGAAGCACUUUUUGAGAAGUUGAAUGCUGGGUCGGCGAAGCACACAGGCUUACAGGCACCGAAGCGGUAUUCAACGCAGGCUCUGCCUACGCUUGCAAGCAUAGCGAAGGCAAAUGGCGCAGCGAAGAAUUGGGAGCUCAAGGCGACGUACGUGGAGAUCUACAACGAACAACUGCGCGAUCUACUGGUUCCCGAAGAUGUAGCCUUGGCCGACCGCUCGCAGGUCACUAUAAGAGAGGACACGAAGGGCCGGAUACUGUUGACCGGGCUUAAUCAGGUGCCGAUUAACUCGGUGGAUGACCUACUUCGCGCGCUGAACUUCGGCUCGGCCAUCCGACAGACUGAUGCUACUGCCAUCAAUGCACGAUCCUCCAGAUCACACGCUGUCUUUAGUCUGAAUCUGGUACAGCGCAGACAGGCCGACGGGCAAAGCAUGCAAACGCCACGACUUGAUAAGCGCAUGUCGAUGCCGAUUGACAGUGCCAGCGACGAGAAUAUGGUUACUAUCGACAGUAAGCUACACUUUGUGGAUCUGGCUGGCAGUGAGCGUCUGAAGAACACAGGAGCGACGGGCGAACGAGCAAAGGAGGGUAUUAACAUCAACCAAGGCUUAGCAAGCCUUGGCAAGGUCAUCUCACAGCUGUCAAAGCAAGGCCAUACCCACAUCUCUUACCGCGACUCGAAGUUGACGCGCUUACUACAAGACUCUCUUGGCGGGAAUGCUAUCACCUUUGUGGUCGCGUGUGUGACACCUGCUGUCUUUCAUCUCAACGAGACUUUGAACACUGUCACAUAUGCACAGCGCGCUCGAGCUAUUCAAAGCCGCCCAGAAAUCCAGCAGACUCAUGAGGAUGGCGAUAAGCAGCUUGCCAUCGAGAGGCUUCGGACUGAAGUAUCCUUCUUACGCGAUCAGCUCAAGCACGUGGAUAGGUCAGAGACGCGCGAGCUCGUCAAUGGUCGAUCACGAGGACGAGAAGCAGAGUUGCAGACGGCACUCAUGGACAUGCAAGAGAGUUACACUGCCCUCAGCCAACGGCAUGCCAAGCUCGUGUCUGAUCUAUCGAAGGCUCGCGAUAACGAAGAGUCCGAUACACACUGGUCAAAUGAGACUCUUGGCGAUCACGCGACGGAACGAAUCAAGCGGUCGAGCUCUUUCGCAGAAGCCGUGGAGCAGAUGGUGCUCGAGUACGAGAAGACCAUCCGCAGCCUGGAGUCGUCGCUCACGAAGACAAGGUCAAACCUAUCGAACAAUGAAAGUAACCUAGUCGACAAGGAUACACGAAUCGCCUACAUGGAGACGAUCCAGCAGCAGUUGCAGACAAGGAUUCAGAAAGCUAUGGAUCGCGAGCAGAACAAUGAAGGCUACCUACGAGACCUCGAAUCACGCAUGGAGGGUUCCACUUCAGGUGAAGAGCGCAAUGCAGCAAUGAUUAUCGAGCUACGCCGUGAGCUUGCACGACUACAUGAGAGCGAGGGCGGAGCUGAAGAGUAUAUUACGACACUGGAAGAACGCUUGGCCGAGGCGGAGCAAGAUCAGGAAGCCAUGCAGCACGAGCUCGACCGUCUCGAGCAUGUAGUCGAAAGGCAGAGGAGUAUCGGAAAGCUGGACAAUCUGCUCGGCGAAUUAGAUGGUGUGAAUCAUAAGACCGGCGUCCCAGUCCCACCUGCCAAGAAUCCGCAACGACAACAUGUCAACGGCAAUCGCGAGUCGUACGACCCAUUCAGACCUCGCGCAGUGACUAUGGACAGCGUCGCAACCACUACCGAGGACGAUUUCACUGAUGCUGAGACCGAGCAGAUGGAUGACAAUCACGUCGAGCCAGAUCAUCACCAGUACCAAGCGCCUCAUAUCGUCGAGCGAGCGGAUAACGUCGAGCAUGAAGUGCGCGACCCUGCCCAGACAGAAUUCAUGGCAGAUAAGGUGGAGAACCUCACCCAAGAGCUUUUCGACCUACGCUCCGAUCAUGAGACGAAUCUGGUGGAAUACGACAAUCUGCAGCAGAAGUACCAAACUGCGCUCGAGACACUCGCCAAAUUAGAGUACGGCAAAGAAACACCCAAAUCCCUAGUUGCGCCAACACAGACUAUGCCGCCAUCUUUUUUAGCCGACGCGGGGAUGAAGACAGAGGAGAAGGCAGGACAGCCUUCAUCCUCGCGGUCGUUGUCGGCGGAAUUGUCCUCGCAUACGCGAUCCUUGAGCACUACCGACGAGCCUUUGGAGAGGCGGCCAUCAGGUAUCAGCGAUGAACUUUCUGUGCAGCACGAUGUCACGGAUGCGGAUAUUGACGCUACGGAAAGCAGUCCAAAUGUCAAUCGUGAGAUGGAGCUGCUCAAGAGGCUGCACACCGAGAAGGAACUGUCUAUGACUGAGCUUACCAACAACUAUAAAAGCUUGGCUGCACGACAUCAGGCGACAUUGCAGCAGGUUGAGGACAUGAAGCAUGAGAUCCAUCGGUCGCAUUACAGCUUCCGACCUGCUUCUCCGAGUCUUACCAAGCCUGUUCUUAGGAGGAAGUCGGACGACAUACUUGGCUCAGACCGUGCUUCUCGGUCAUUAGCCUCGCUCAAGAACAUUGCUUUGGAGAAUUUUGAGGAAGUCCCUGACACGAGGCAGAGCUUUGAGCUACAUCUCAACAGUGUGAUGACUGAGCUUCACGGCCGUACCGAGAAGUCGAUGGCUCUCGAAGCUGAACUUGGCACGAUGCGCAAGGAGCUCGAGGCGAAGCAGACGCUAGUAGCCGGACUGACGAGAGAACGUGCAAGCUUGACCGCAUCCUCUGGCGUCGAUUUCUCGGUGGUUGGCAGGAUGCGAGAGCAGCUAGAGGAAAGCGAGCACCAAAUUCGGUCACUUCACCAGCAGCAUGCAAGCAGAGAGCAGGAGUUCCAGAGCCAGCUGGGUAGUCUGAAGGCAAGCCUCGCCGGACACCAAAAGGUCGUGACCGAUCGAAGUGGUCAAUUGCCGACUCCACUGGAAGAACGAUUCGAUCACGUACCUGGUGACUUCCCGGAAACGCCUUCCUUCGACACACCGACGAUGGAGACUACCCGUGAUCAAGCCAUGGCCGGUGCUACGAUCUCGAACAUAGCUGGCCAGCGUGCCGACGAGAUCUCCCGACUGCAAGGUGAUCUUGCUGCCUGGGAGACACGGCACAACGACGCUGUGGGCUCGAUGAAGCAGUCUGAAGCGAAACUUCUCGAUACUAUCGCGGAGCUUGAGGACUCGUUGCGUAGAGCUGAGCAAACAGCCCGCUCUGGUAAAAAGGAGCUUCCUCAGCUUCCCGGUGCCGCUGCUGUUAGUGCCAGUGUUGAAGAGGAGCGCUCCAAGCAUAGAAAGAUCGUGGACACCAUGCAGAGGGAGCUCGACCAGCACAAGACCGCCGCAGGAGUCCACUCUACUAAACUCCAGCACCUGGAACAGUCAUACUCCAGCAUCAUCCGUCAGGUUGAUGACGAUGCUAAGACUCGCGACCUGAGCGAGAAGGAGCUCGAGACUCAUAAGAGUCUUGUGAACAAUCUUGAGGGCCAGUUGAACGUACAUAAGACGGCGGUCGCUAUGCAUCAGGAUACACUCGAGAAGCUCCAGAUCGGCCACAGCAAGGAACUUGAGGAGCUCAAUAGUUCCGCAGCAGCUGCUGAGACACAGUCCAAGGAGCGUCAGGCACAGUUGGAGGAGCACCACUCGCUUGUCAUCCAGAAUAUGGAGGCAGAUCUAUUGCACAGCCAGAAGACUAUCUCUGACUUGCUACGCAAUGCGUCCUCCGCGCUAGGCUACGAGACGGAUCCGAAGCAGCUUCAUGUUCAGAUCAAGGGCUUGGUAGAUGAAGGCAAGGAGCUUCACGGUAGGCACUUGAAGACGACCAACGACCUCAAAGCCGUGCAAGAGGAGCUGCAGAAUGCAAUGACUCAUUCUGUGAGCCUUGAGAACAAGAUCGGCGAGCUCAAGAUGAUUAACGAAGAAGCUCUGCUCAACCUGCAGAAGAUCUCGGAAAAGGAAAAGAAGAGUGCUCGACUAGUAGAGGAGCUUGAGGAGCAGCUCAACAAUAAUUUCGACUCGCACCAGCAGACAAACCACAGGCUCUCCACCUUCCAGACAGAGACGUCGCAUGCGCGUAUGGAGCUGGAGAGGGAGUUGGAGGAGGCCAAGCUCCGAAACAAUAUGCUCGAGAUGUCGACGCUUAAGCGCCACUCAAUUACUUCGAACGCAUCUGGUCCGACGUACAACCGCGAGUCGCUCUCGCCUGAAGCUGCCGCGAUUGCACUCGCUCGCUCAGGCUCGCAGACUUCGAUACGCAAGUCGGCAAAUUCUUCAGCCAUGCCUGCUCCACCGCCCUCGAUACCGCUUCCGCCACUCCCUGGCACUUCGCCGUCUUUGACGGCCACACCACAGCUGCCCGGUAUCGAGCGUGCGACCUCGCCCAUCCAACGUAUGACUUCGCCAUCGCACGACUCUCGCCCUGAUUCUCGCGACCAUGCGAGGGAUGCUUCGAUGGUCCAGCUGCUUGAAGAACAAGAGGCACGUAUUCGCACCAUCGAAAAGCAUCUGUUUGCCGAGAAGCAGCUCACUGCUACCCUCGAGGAGGCUUUGGUAGACCUGGAGACUUCAGCCAACCGCACAAAGUCAGAUAUGGACAGCUGGCGUAAGAAGUGCACUACACUAGAGGACGAGCUUGUGACACUGCACAAGGCCACCACAAAUUCCCGUGCCAGCCUGCAAGCUGUCGAAGAGGAACGAGAGAUGAGGAUGCGAGCCGAACGAGCUCGUCAAGCGCUAGAGCAGCGCAUGAUGGAGCUCAACUCUAGCAAGAAGAAGAAGAAGAAUGCGCUCAAUUGCUUCUAG